UAGUAAUUUUUGUUUUAUGGUGUAAAGUGUAACAUCACUAUCUCAUCAUGGAGUCCCGCAUGUCUUUCGGUGUGAAAUGACACGAUCCUUACGGCAGGUUCAUUCAAAGGACAUGUAUCUCAAUUCUCAUCAGCUGCAUCAUUCACUUUAUUUCUCACAACAAAAGCCUUCAACAUAUCAAGAGAGUCAUUGAUAAGGAAGCAGCUGGGAUUUCAUAAUUCCAAUGAGGAGAUUUGAGUAGUCGUUGGUGGUUACAUCUGGAAUUUAAAAAACUAAAAUCAGUUUGUAUUAUGGAAUGCUAUAAAUCCUUUUUAGACCAUAAAGUAACCAAGUCCUCGCCUUCCCCUGCACUGUGUUGUGUGGAGCCAGUGACUCAAGAUGAACAAAAUUCUCAUAUUACAGCUUUUCAUUCAGGAGAUCGAUCCACAAAUUCAGAUAAUGAAUCUUCUUCAUCAAAGACCGUGCGUGAUGUACAUAUCUCAAUGCGGUUAAUGGAGGACUUUCUUGAUCUUGCUAAAGAAAAUACAGAAAAGGAUCUGGAAACAUGUGGUAUUCUUGGUGCCUUUCUUGAGAAGGGAACCCUCUAUAUGACCACACUAAUCAUACCGAAGCAGGAAUCCGCAUCUAAUUCAUGUAAUGCCACAAAUGAGGAGGAAGUUUUCACAAUUCUAAAUGAAAGAUCCCUUUAUCCUGUUGGAUGGAUCCAUACGCACCCUUCUCAAAGUUGUUUCAUGUCAUCGGUGGAUCUGCACACUCAAUAUUCCUACCAGGCGAUGAUUCCUGAGGCAUUUGCGAUUGUGUUGGCACCAACUGAUACCUCAAGGAGCUGUGGUCUCUUUCGCCUAACCGAACCAGAUGGUAUGAAUAUUCUAAGAAAUUGUCCGGAGAGGGGAUUUCAUCCACACAAAGAACCAGAUAAUGGCAACCCUGUGUAUGAGCACUGCUCCAAUGUGUACAGAAACUCCAAUUUAAGGUUUGAAAUCUUUGAUUUACGCUAACAUGGGUCUGAUUCAGCACAUACUGUCCCACAAUGGAUAUAGCGCACAUUUCUUUCCACGGUGAUGUGACUCUCACCAUUUGUCGAUACAGAAGAUCCAGGAGAUAGCUUCUGAACUACCAUGAGUCCAAUUUGUAUUCACCAUUUGACCGUGAAAACAAACAGGCUUGUAUAUAAAUGUAUACUUACAAGAAACAUGCAAUUUUUACAUGUAAGAAUAAUUCUGAUAUUAAGUUAUUGUAACAUUUGAUUUAAUGUAACAAGGUCAGUUUAGUACUUACCUCUUCGACGUU